AGCGCGAGCUCCGGGGAAAGAAGGCGGGACAUUUGUGUCAGGUGAAAAUGCUACUGGGGAAGCGACACAUUAUCUGCCGCUCACACACUGUCCGACAUUAGCGUGAGACUCACGUGACUCUCCUCAUCCCAAUCACUGGCCUCUGACUGACUCACUCACUGAGAGACACCGAGAGACUGAGAGAGACAGUCACACACGAGUCUCGUGGAUAGAGACCCCCCAACUCGCUGUCAUUUCCUCUCCACACUGUGGGGCGCCCUCUUCAUUCCUGACAACACCCCCAUUUUUCCUCCUCCCCCCCUCACCUGUCCUGGACAUUUGCUGGGGGUGAGGAGCCAAUAGACAUUCACAAGCCCCUCAUCCCAUUUCUCUCCAUUUACUUUAUUCCUGGAAAAAGAAGAGCAAACGCCCCCACUAAAUAUUCCCGUUUGCCCUGGUGCCAAUUUCCCAGCGGGCACAUCCCUAUUUUCGCUCCCCACUUUCCCUGUGUCUUUAGGAGCCGCGGGAAGUUCCAUCUUUAAUCAGCGCCUCAUCCGUUUGGGGGGCUCUGCCCCCUUGCCGCCUCCUCUCACAAAAUGAAACCGCUGGAAAAAUUCUUGAAAAAGCAAAGCUCUCAUCUGUCCGGACCCCGACACCUGCACAGGAGGCAGAGCGUCUCCAAAAUCCUCCCUUCUUUCCUGAGGGACACUCCCGGGGACUCGUCUGAAGGAGAAAGGUGUGCGGAAGAUCCAGCAGGUGGACCACCGACAUCCCACGACUGUCUCGACUUACCUGAUGGACUUCGUUCCCCUCUUUCUUUUUCUUCAGAUGAACUGUCUCCCUCAGAACCCCUCACCCCACCACCAGGGUCUGUAGGCUGGACACUUUCUCCUCCUGGCCCCCUGUUUGCCCCUGAUACCCCUGAGGUUCUGCUGGGGAGGGUUCUGGAGCAGCUAUUGAGUGCACCGAGGCUAAACGAAGCAGCAGAAUUGGCCCUGGACGACUUUAUCCUCACGCACACGCUGUUUCUGCCGACAGACCAGCUCCUCCUCCAGUUACAGCAAUAUUUCUGCUGCUGCAGCCGAUACACUACUCCGACGUGGGAAGGGAGCGACCCUCUCCAGAGGAAACAGGCUGUACUCGCAUCUCUUUUACACCUGCUGGAUACAUACAAGGACGCUCUGCAGGAGCAGGAGAGGACAUUCCAGCUAAUCAAGGAUUUCUACGUCUUGGUGAUGAGGGAUGCCCCGAAUUUCCCACAGCUGGAGGGGAGCGUCAUCCACUUGCACAGGCUUGUGGAAAGUACCGAGCUCAGGCUGACAGAUGGCAGUGCCACUCAGUGCUCAAAGCAAGUCAAACCUCUGUUCCGCCAUUUCCGCAGGAUUGACUCCUGCCUGCAGCCACGGGUAGCAUUCAGGGGUUCAGACGAGAUUUUUUGCAGGGUCUACAUGCCCGAUCACUCGUACGUCACAAUCAGGAGCCGACUUUCUGCUUCUGUCUCUGAUAUCCUGAGUUCUGUUUCAGAGAAGCUGCAAUAUUCGGAAGAACAGGGGCAGAGAGAGGAGCCUCUCAUCCUGGUGGCUGUGACUAGCGCUGGAGACAAGGUCCUGCUGAAGCCAGACGAUGGCUGUAUCUUUACUACUCUGGGGAUUAAUAGUCACUUGUUUGCCUGCAAUCGGGAGGAGCUGCGCUCUUUGGUUCCUCUCCCAGAGGAGGUUCAGCUGCCUCCCGAAGACUCCCAUAUUCACAGGAUCGAGGCUGAAGAUUUGGCCAAUCAACUGAGCACUUUCCACUGGGAACUUUUCAGCUGUGUGCAUGAGCUGGAAUUUAUAGACUACGUGUUUCACCCAGAACGUGGGCGCAGGGAGACGGCCAAUCUGGAGCUUCUGUUGCAGCGAUGCAGUGAGGUGCAGCACUGGGUCAGUACACAGACUCUGCUCUGCGAGGGGCCAGCGCGCCGCACACAACUGCUCAAGAAAUUCAUCAAAACGGCCGCCAUCUGCAAACAAAACCAGGACCUGUUGUCCUUCUUUGCAAUAGUGAUGGGCCUGGAUAACGGAGCUGUGAGCCGUCUACGGGGGACUUGGGAAAAAUUGCCAGGAAAAUUUAAGAACUUGUUUCGAAAGUUUGAGAAUUUAACGGAUCCAUGCAGGAACCACAAAUCCUACCGUGAGAUGGUGUCUCGCAUGCGCCCUCCUGUAAUUCCAUUUAUACCCCUCAUUCUGAAAGAUCUGACUUUUUUACAUGAGGGCAGCAAAACCUUCAUCGAUGGCCUUGUGAAUGUAGAGAAAAUGCACGCCAUUGCUGAAAAAGUGAGGACUGUGCGAAAAUACCGGAGCAAUCAGCUGCGGCUGGAUACAGAUGUGUCCCCGACUCUUCUGCAGAAUAAAGCCUACGUGCGCCAGUUCCAAGUCAUCGACAACCAGAACCUGCUGUUUGAGCUCUCCUACAAACUUGAGCCCAAUACCCAGUGAUGGGAAUGAAGGCGAUGGGCAGACAGAGCAAGGCCUCAGUGCAGAGCAGUGUGGAGGGAACAGUGUUCUGCAUUCAGAACUGAUCAGAGCUGGACCUGUGCUGUGUGUGUUCAGGGUUGUACAGUAAGAACAUCAUCCUAUGUGUGCCCCCCCCAAACCCAUCUCCUGACUGCCUGACCAUUGUGUCUACCUCUUUAGGGGAGAUAAUCUGAAAAACUAAAGCUGCCACCUUAAAGGAGAAGCAAAUGCAGCAAAAGAUUUCUUCCCCCACAAAUAGUUCUGCUCCCUUCAGUCCACAAUAAUCGUUUCCCCAACCUGUUUGAUGCUUCUGUGGGUGCCUUUGUGUUUGCACCCACCAUAUUGGAAGUCUAAGUCAUACUUCCUCUGCUUUGGAAGCUCAGUGAUGAACUCGGCAGCAGAGCAAGCAAUCAGUUUGGUGCAACUGCACAUGCUCCAAGCCAAGGGGAAACACCGUUGGACAUCAUCCUUGUCAAAGGAAACGCUCCACUUAAAAUAGCUUCUACGUUUUCCAGCACCAUUUGAAGAGGUGCAAUUUAGGUAUAUUUAUAUAGCAUUUAAGGGGCGCUUUUUUGGCAGUAUUACUUGUAUAUUAUGGUUGCUUCUCCUUUUUCUCAAUUAUAUGCCGGACAUCCAUCUCCCAGGAUCCUCUGCCAGUCCCCAGCUGGUUGGGUGCUACAUUACACUGGAAACUGCUACUGCCUGUGUUUGACUUUUGCCAUUAAGUGAUUUACAGGUAAACUAUCCUUGCACUAUAGAGACAUUAUGAUACGUUGCAGAGCAUUCUGGGAGGAGAAACAGGUUGCAGAUGUCUGGAUUUUGGAAAAAAAUAACAGUAAUGGUAGUUACGGGGUAAAAGAGAAGGGAAAGCCGAAUGACUUAAGUGCAUUGGGGUAUUUUAUUAUAUUAGACGUACAGCCUGGUCUGUAUUAUUUUCUUAAUUGGGGAAAUAAGAUAGGGCAAUAAGGAAAUAUAUCCCCUCCUUUUACAACGGGUCAUUGACUACAAACAUAUACAAUAUAUAUAUAUAUAUAUAGAAGUAUAUACAGAGAGAGAGAGAAACUGCUGCAGGAGACGCAUCAUUAGCACUAUUCAGAGCUAAUCCCUAAUCUACACAUAUAUAUAUAUACACGUAUGUCGAGACAUCUAUUUAUACCCAGAGGCUUGCGCUUGUUUGUGUGAAUGGAUCUGUACUCCCAGUUAGGGUUCCAGUCAGUCGAUUUCACAACAUUCAUUUUAUUCUUAUCUUGUUAUGAAUAAAGUGCCACAGCGGAGAUGUACAGCGGGGACCUGUUAUACAGGAAGAUGCACGACCUUAAAGGGGUAACCGGAUUAUUUUAUGUUCUAAUCUACACAUGACAUAGUCGUGCAUCUGUGUAUUCUCACAUUCAUAGACAUGAAUUCUACAGUGCCAAAAUGCUACGAAAGAAGCACCUUACUCCAUAGGGACACUCCAGGCUACAUUGAGGCUGAUGGGUAACGGGAUUCACAUUAAACAAGGGGAGCAGCGGAUGCUGAGAAUGCCCGAGACUGCUUGUCCUUGUCUAUAGAACUGACAUUUCUGCACACGUAUCAACAGGGUCAAUGUGUGUGGAGAUAUAUGUUGCUAUAGAUACACAUACAACACGCGAUGGCCGAAAUCUCUAAAAACGGAACAAAUGUAAAUAAGCCUCGGUUCUUUAGCAGAGCUUUUGUACUGACAGGGGCCGUUGAAAUGUUUUUUUAUAUCUGUAUAUUUUCAUUUUUGUUCUAAUUUGUUUUGUAAUGGCAGAAGGUGGAACUUCAGCACUUAUAACAGGCAGACAGGCCUGGGGACAAACACUGGAGAGGCAAUAAAUGAAAACACUCAGCGUUUAAAAUA